UUAUAACUAUAAAAAAACGGUUACACAGAGAAAGGACACGCGUCAUUUGUUGAUUGGUUAACAGUACUUUAAAAGCAUCCCCGUAGCUUCCAUUUCUUGUUGUAGAAGCUUCGGAAUUUGGAGAGUGUAGUAGCAAAAAGCGAAAAUUCCCGCUCAGAGAAACAGAGAGAAAAGUAGAAGAAGAAGAAGAAUGGAAGCGAUAGUAACCAAUGAGAUGAAAAACGCUAAGAUCAAUGGCGAGGUGGAGAAAGUAACGAAGAUUUUUCGUAUUCAAGUUUCCAAGACCAAAAAACCCCUCUUCUUCUACCUCAACCUCGCUAAGAAACACAUAAAGAUGGGCAAUGACGUUGAGCUCUGUGCAUUGGGAUUAGCUAUUCCAACUAUAAUCGUCAUUGCUGAAAUUCUGAAAAACAAUGGAUGGGCAAUUGAGAAAAGUAUAAUGACAUCCACUAUUGAAGCUAAGGAAGACAAAGAAGGUCGAGGGGCUCCAAAGGCUAAGCUCGAUAUUCUGCUGGGAAGUGCCAAGAGUGUUGACCAAAGUACUGGUUCUGCAAGAGAGUAGUAGAACUAAUAGGAGAUGGUGUGAAACACUACUGCUUGUAGUAUGUGUAACUGAAUUAACUGUGUAGAUAGAUAUAUGUUGGUGUUUUUUCAUUCCUUAGUUUUUUGUGUGCCUCCAGAGGGAAUAUACAGUGCUGAUGAUAGCCCUUCCGAAGGCAGUUUUUGGCACAGAGCUAGUGCAAUUUUAGUCCUUGUAAACAAAGUAUUCUUGAAUAGAUGUAUUAAAUUUACACGGUUCAUAUUAGUGUAAAAAUAUUGUCAAGAGUUAAUAAGAGUCUUGCAAUUUGGCAA